UGCCACGUGACGGUGACGCGGCUGCAGGUGACGCUGCCCCUCGGCGGCGACCUGACCUCCGUGACGCUGGCGGUGAAGAUGCAGUCGUCGAAGCGGACUCUGCGCUCCAACGAGAUCCCGCUCCCGCCCAGCGGAACCAUCGACGUGGAGCUGCAGCUCACCUUCUCCCUCCAGUACCCGCACUUCCUGAAGCGCGAGGGCAACACGCUUCAGAUCAUGCUUCAGCGCCGCAAGAAGUACAAGCACCGCACCAUCCUCGGCUUCAAGACCCUGGCCGUCGGGGUCAUCAACAUGUCUCAGGUUCUUCAGAGACCAGUUGACCGGGAGUUGGAAUUGUACAGCGAAGGCAAGGAGAAGGGUGUGUCGCUGGCCAAGGUGACUAUGGUCUCGCUCUCGUCACAGCCAGUGGACACAGACGAGCCACCUGAGAGAGCCAAGUCCUUUAUGGCGGAUAACCCUGCUCUGGCUCCUCUUGUAGUGUUACUCUCGCGGGGUCUGUCCCAGGGAGGAACCAGUGACUCUGCGUUGCCUUCAGGAAAUCCUCUCUUUUGCCUCCCACCAGUCUCAAGGAUACCAGCUCUUGCAGAUCGUUCCGUAGAUCUUGUGGAGGUGUACAGCGACGACGACGAGGAUUACAGUUCCCAGGAUGAAGGCAGUGACUCGGAGCCAAUAUUAGAGGACGGCUCCAGAAGGACACACCAUCAUUUGCGAUCAAACACGCGAUCGAAGAGUUUACCCCCCAAUGCUCGGCAAAGAAACCUAAAACAAAGGUUCAUUGCAUUGCUCAAGAGAUUUAAAGUUCCUGAAGCCUUACAGGCAUUUGAUCAGGACCAGGAGCUUGAUCCCAGAACUGGUGGUGAAGUAGAUGAAGCAGAAAUUGAAGACCUCUUUGAUGAACUGGAAGAUCUUAGCGACUCUGGCCCUGAAGUGGACACUAUCUCCAUAACGUCAACCCCCAAACCGUCACUGCGGCCAUACUUCUCGUCUUCUCGAUCUCUACUUAAUGAAGGGGGUACUUACCUGCGGUUGAAGGUGCCAGGUGCGUUGCGUCCUCGUGGUGUCAAAGCAGACAAAGUGGGCGCAGAUAGACUGAGUGAUGAAAGUAGCAAAAGAGCCGACAGCGAUCACAUGGAGAACUGGACGGAUCAGGAGCACUCUGAUCCACAGUGCUUAGCUUCAUCUCCACCAAGAGAAGACAAAAAUAAAAGUAACAAGAACAAGUUGUUUAAUAGAGACCGAAGUAACAUGUCCCUGAAAGAGAGGAGGAGUGUGUCGUCUACGGGUGGAUCGACGCCUCGCCAGGAGAAGAUGGUUGUUGAGAGGUCAAACUCAAGUGCAAAUGUUGACUCUAGUCCAAGGAAGGUGUUGUUAGAGCAGCUGGCUCGGGUACUACCAGUGGAGGAUGUACAACUGCCAGACCAUGUUGUGUUGGUAAACACAGGGGAGUCACACGGCCCUCUCCUGUCAGCACACCUCACAGAGCAUGGCCACAGGGUGAUCACUACCAUGUCCAUGGCUGAUGUAAAGGCCACUGUCUCACACCUUGUCAACAAGCUCCAAAAAUUCUGCAACAGUAAUGCCAAAGCCCCAGGCCCCAUGAAAGUGGUGGUAGUGGGCUCUGAUACCUACAUUAGUUGCGUUUUGCGACCGUAUGUCGACCAGUUCUCUUCCAAACCCCCGGACUUCCAAAACCACGUUAGAUUUCUCAUCAUUCCUCUUGGUGUAAAUAGCCUAGCUAAGUACUUAGGAUCUGUAGACUCUGUGUAUGGUGCGGCCUUUGUCAGUGAAUCUUGGCGAGAAGUUGUGGAGCGGUGGGAGAAGCCAGAUGUGCAAGAGGUUGUUAAUCGCAUCCACCGCUACCUUACGCAGGCUCAACACACGUUGCACCUUCCUAUUGCUGAAGCUAUGCUCACGUAUAAGGAAAAGAGUGGAGAUGAUGAAUCGACGCAGGCCUUUGUGCCAUUUAUCAUGGAUGUUCGGUUGGGGAGCGGGGAUGUGACUUCGUCCUCGGUUGACCUGGAGGAACCCCUCUCAACGCCCACAGCAAUCAUCCUUCCAGGCUCCCCCCCGGCUGCAUCCACACCCACCACUGGCCUCAGCAUAGACAAAACUCGGGACAACACAACUCCUCCCUCCUCACCUAACAUCAACAGCUCACACCUGGCCAACUACAAGUCAUUAUCUGAAAGUGGUGGGCAGGAAGCUCUGGAUCUACAGGUGGACUACUGGCUUGUGCGGAGCUCUGGCCGCGAAGACAAGGAGAAGGAAAAGGAGAAGGAAAAAGCACGUGUUGAGGGAGGAAAGUACACCCUGAAGACCAGCUUUCGCACUUUACAGGUGGCGCGAUUAGCUCCCCUUGGGGUAACACCACCUGUAGAUCCCUACUCCUUCCAGCACUUGACAUUGUCAUAUGCCACCAAAGAGAAGAAACAGAGAAUUAUGCGCAUUGGGAAGAAGAAGGAGAAAGAGAGAGAGACAGAGAGUCGGAGAGAAGUCGUGGAUGGAGUGAGCAGAUUAUUGGCAAGUGCCAAGAAUCAGCCUUUCAAAGUGAACAUAGAUUCCGCCGAGUGGACAAACGUCAAGUUCUUCCAGUUGUCCUCGCAAUGGCAGACGCAGAUCAAGACCUUCCCAAUUUCUCUCUUUAGCCUUCAAGACUCCAACUUGUGACUCACAACUCUCCAAGAUUAUUAGGUAGUAGUUGUUCCGAGACAUCCAUGAUCACAAUCAACCAAAACUUUUAUCUGGACAUCAACACACAAGGACUCCUCGUGCCUCCAAGCAAUAAUGACCAGUGAACAGACCUUUUAUUUUUUAUUUAUGUAUUUAUUUUAUUUUAAUGGUGUAAAACUUUUGAAAGACCAUAGAUUGGCUGUGGUUUAAAUCUUGGCAUCUUUUUGUUUCUGUUUCAGUGAAAAUCAGAAGCACAUUCUCCAGAUGUAAGACAGAUCUGAGAGGUGCCACUGAAAUCAAUUCUAUUUUUUAUUUUUUUAAAAGUCUUUUUACAUGAUGAACCAAAAGUCACACAUGAUAAAAGAAAAUGCAAACCCCUUUCUUCCCUUGAAGUCUAAUGGAUUUGUCAGUUUUAAGUAGUGGGAAGCUUUGUUAGUGCUCAACUUUAUAACACUAGGAAACAAAGAGUGAUAGACUUUCUGCCCAGUGAUCAUAAUUGCUGAUUGUGGCAAGUGAUGUGCUUGCUCUCUUAAUUUUUCUCCAUAUUUCUAGGUGCACCAAAUCUUUCAGCAUUUUUUGUAAAAGCAACACAUCCCUCAAGUGUCAAGUGAUUUAUAGCCAAAAUGAUUACGAAGACUAAAGAAAACCAAAAUGAAAAAAAAAAACAGAUUCAUUUGGCAAGAAAAUGGAUACUGAUCAACUGAUGUAAAUUUGGAACUGAUUUUUUUUCAGAACUUUUGUUUCUGUUCAUUGUCACUCAUGGUAACAGACUGUUCUUUAGUAACAAGACAUCAGAACACAGAUCUGUAUCACGCAUUCAAUUUUACCAUCAUAACUGAGUAAAAAAAAAGCAACCAAAGGAGUUGCCUUGUGCAGACUCCCCUUGUGUACUGCUUCCUAGUUGUUGUGAAUGUUUUAUGAAUUGUAUGAAUUACUGUGCAUUUUUAAUUGCUUCCUGAUGCAGUGCUCAUGUGUAGAGAAGAAUGCUUUCUCAUAUUGUAUGAAGUGUUGUGAUGCUGGUGUAUUUUUGUAUGAUCGUUUAUAAUGAAUCUAGGUAAAGGCAGCAGCAAAAGUCUUUAGUGUUUUAUAAUGUUGAGUUGAUGUAUGGCCUUAUUAAGCACAAAUUUACUUAUAUGUGUUGAGGAGGAUGAUAAUGAAGAAAAAAGUCCUCGGUAACUGCCUGAUACAGAUUGCAUAGACUUCAUUUUGACGAAGAAAAAAAAGUAUUAAAUUUGGAUCAGUAAAUGUUUUUAUUAUUUUAGAGUUUGCCAGAUUCUAUAGUUUUUCUUAGGACGACCUGAGUGAGAUUGGCUGUUGUAAUCACAGUCGUGAAUAUUAGAGCUGGUCCUGUUCACUGCCAUUGAUAUAUUAUAUACUAUUAUCAGGAACAUUAAUUGAAGUUAUUGAUGUUUGUAGGAAAUGUAAGGGAGAAAUGUGAGUAAGACAGGAUUUUACUUUUGUCUGAUGGCUGUACAAAGGGCAGAGUGGAAUGUUUGUCACAAGCAUAAAGAAAGAUGUUAUUACAGUACCUCUCAUAGAGUUUAGGUAACUUAUUAAAAUCCCAUUUUCUUUUUGUUUUGUUUUUCAGUAUUAGAUAUCGUCAUGCAAGGAUUGAUAUAGAGUUUAUGAACAUCACUAUAUGAUAAAUUAGGAUGUUACAAAAUUUUGAUUAAAAAAAAAAAAAAAAUAGCUGGGACCUUAAGUAUGAAUAGCAAGGAUGGUUAAGCAAGAGUUUGAUGUGUUACACAUUUCAUAGAGAAAUACAAGGACUUUUCUUAUGAUCAUCUUGAACUGCUGUAUUUCAAAAUUCCGGUAGAUGGUGUCUUUUUCCUGUUUAUUUUUCACAAAUGUCUUAUUCUGAUAUUGAGAUUUGAUUUUGAAAAUUAUUAUGAAAAUUUUCUUCAGUUUGAGAGACAAGAUUAGAUCAGUAGUGGUACUAAUGUGGACAGGUUUUGGUUCCAAUGGAAAAUACAUUGAUAAAUUGUAGUUUGAUUGUUGUAAGUUUAAUUUUUUGGGGGGCAUAUUUUUCCAACUAUUGAUAUUUAAAUCAAAAUAUUGAACUCUGUCUUUAACUUUUAUUUGGAAGUAUUCUGAUAAUUUUUUUAGGAAAUUGAACUUUUAAGCCAUUAUUAUUUUAUGUAGUUCAGCAUUUUCACUCAUUAUGUAAUACUUAGCUAAGAUCCUGUCACAGUCAAAGAGGUGAUAAUAGGAAAUAACAGUGGAAUGGGUAUGUUUAAGACCCACAAAAUUUUGUCUAUAAGAGAUUCAUUUUGUAAUUCAACUUUUGAUAUAUUUAAAACACCUUUGAUUGCUACAUUUCUGUUUUUAUGGUUAAGAAGAGUUUACUGUUUGCAGGUUAUAACAUAAAGAUUUCUUUCAAAUUUCUUGUUAGUUUAGCCUGAGAAUAACAUUUUCUAAAAGGCAUAUAAGAUCAGAUACUAAAAGAGAAUUCAUGCACCAGCAGGAUUGCUUUUAGGGAACCAGUUUGAAUUAUUGAGAUUUGCUUCACAAUUUAGAGGGCUGUUAGAGGCUUCUGAUUUUACCAAAAUAUAUUGGAUUAAGACAGUACAUUAAAGAGGAACUUUGCACAACUGAGAAGAGGGAAAAAAAUUGAACCUCAGGAAAGGCAGUCACUGAGUUAUCAUCAUCCCUUGCCUAACUUACAUGGGUCAUGUUCCUGUUUUCCUGUAAGGUCAGAAAUGCUAUAUUAGCCAAAGGUCACAGACAGAAAAGUAUUGCAUUUUGUUUUGUAAGAAUGAGAAAAAUGAUUUUUUUAGGUGAACUUAUACACAGAAGUAACUCUUCAACUUUGGACAGUGAAGGUAAUAUUCAUUUUAUAACUGUAUCUUAUUUAUCCUUUUUUAUAAUUCACAAGAAAAGUUAGAGUUUAUGAAUGGCCAGAGGAAUAUGUGAAUACUCUUUGUUCAGGAUCAUGGUGAGGAACUAAGUGGUGUCUGUAGGAAUCUUUGACAGGUUCUGUUCCUCUUCCUACUCUGUCAUUCUUGUUGUGAAGAUUGACUUGAUAUGAAACAAUUAAACCUACCUUGCUUCUGCAGUCCUCCUCCCUCCUCCCUCACCUUGUUGUUUGGAGUCUUCUGAAGGAUAAGUAUUAGUGGCCUUGUGGGGCCAAAAACCACUAGUCUCAUGCUUGUCAGGGCUGGGAGCAUCCAUGAAGAAUCACCAAAACUUAAGGUUGGCCAGUUGUUGCAUCCCAGAGGAUGUUACUGAGGCCCUCAACUGCUCAUUCUCUUUCUCAAAUGGAUUUCAAUCACUUUGCCCAUCUUGACUGUUGAAUCAUUUCCACUGAUAUAAUCAGUGGCUUAAGAGAUAUACACUGUUGUAAUCUAACUGCAAAAAAGUAUUUCAUAAGACUUUUUGAAUAGCAAAUAAUGUAUUGGGAGUCACUGAUCUGCCAGUUUUGAUAAAGUUAUUAUCAGUUUAACAUAUGAUUUUUAGUUUGUGAAAUGUCUUUUAUCAAUGCUGCAAUUCAACAUGCAUAUCAUAAUAUCUGCACCAAGUAGGCAAAAUCUGGAGGUGCUGGUGAUAAGCUUUCAGCUGGCCUGAAGCAAAGUUCUGGAAGCUCCUGCCUCUGCUAUCAAUUCACACAUAUUAGAAACAUACUUAUGUAAACAGCAAAGAAAACAAACCGUAUCAAAUGCACUAAGAAUUAUACCAUGUCUUUGUAAUAUUUUGCUAUACCUCUUUAACACAUUUUGAAAUAAAGAUGAUAAUUGAAUCUUGCUUUAACAAGAAAAUCAAAUUUUAAUAACCAGUUAUCCUGAACAUUAUCAUCCAUGUAAUGGAAUGUAAAUGUCUGAUAUUUGUCAUGUGAUAUAUUAUAAUGUAAUGGAUGCCCCCUACCCCAAGUAAUUGAAUGUGAUGUAAACAUUGUUUUUUUUUUUCUUUCUUUUUUUCAUUUUGCAUUUUUAGAAAUGUAGAUUAUUUAGAAGUUAAGAUUAGUAUACUGGAUGUGCUGAUAAUUUUUGUAUAUCACUUUUCCCUUUUUUCUUUUAAUUUUUAAGGGGUUGAAGUAAAUAUAUUCACAGUAUGUGAAGUCAAAGGACCACAAUAUUUGAGGGAAAAUUUAUGAUAUUCUAUAAAUUUUCACUUUUGUAAACUUCAGGCAUUAAUAGGAAGUUUUGUAGUUGCAUCAGAGGAAAGGGAAGGUGGUAUGGAUACCAGUGAAGUCAGUGCUUGUCUGCCCUGCAGUGUGUACGGUCUCAAAGAACUGUAUGCAUGAUAAGAAGCGAUAUAUUUUGCCAAGAUUUAUGAUGGCUUGAUUUGUCAAGUAGCUUCAAUCAAAGAUGUUUGUAAGGUUAGUUUUUAGGUCUCUUGUUGUAAUAGUUCACGGCACAUUCAUGAAAGGAACAAUGUUUAGAUCUGAGUGUGGUUCACCACCAUUCAUGUAUUACUUUGUAGGAAACUGGGGAGCACAAGUUCUUCUUUUUCUUUCAUAUCAUUUUCCAAUGCUGUAAAGCACAGUUGCCAUUUUAAACUUAUAAUUUAUGUUGAACUUAAAAAAUCCUGAAGUAAUAUCUUUUUUAUAAUCUACAGAGAGCAGAAAUAUCAUAGAUGGCAGAAAACAAGUUGUACCUUUUAGAUGAAUGUGGCCGAUAUUAGCAGGAGCCUCUCUUGUUCUUCCACUAGUAUUGGAAUGGAACAUAGCACAUCUGAUUACAAAAAUAAAAUCAACAUUGAGUUUUAUGUUAUGUUUCGAUUUGUGUCUUGUCACUUUUGUACAUGAACUGAAUCGCAGUCUGGGUUCAUAAGCCAGUUUUUGGAAGGUCGAAGUGUAAUGCAUCUCUGAUCUGCUAAGUAUAUGUUGUAAGCUGUAAGUGUGUAUGUUAUCUUAGUUCUACAGUGUUUUAGUACAGUGGGAUCAUCAUUGUAGUUAUUAUGAUAAAGAAGGAAAUGGUUGUCAAAGUAUGUUGCAAGUGAUUAGGAAUACUCCAAGUUGUAUGUCUCAUUCAGUGGAUCAUCCAUAUUUUAGGUUCAUACUUGUUACAGAAUGAGAACUUGUACACACUUUAUUAGAUUACCUUUUUAAUUAUGUUUUGAGUAUUUUAAAUUUUGUAUGAAUAUUAAAA